CUCCUCUUCCUCCAUCCCGAGCUUCUACUGCGCCAUUUCAGCCAUGAAUUUCCCAGCAACUCCUCAGCGCCCAACGCCAGGCUCCUUCAUCAAUACUCCAGCAGCGCAGCGACAUCCAGGAUUCCGAGCAACCUCUGCAAACGCCCCCCAGCCGCCCCAGACUCAAGCUUCUGCGCAGUCUACAGUAGCCGCAACCGAGCAGCCUCCAGCGAGCACAAAAUCUCCGCUAGAACGCGCUCGGAAGGCCAUCAAUGAGACGCUCAUCGGGGAAGCGAGCUACGCAGAGUUGGACGCGUACGUUGGCCAGGGCAUCUCGUCCGACUACGACAUCCCCGAAGACACAGCAUGGGCUCCCUUCAUCCCAGUCAGAACGUACAGAAUCCCUGAGGAGAUACUUGAGCAGUACAACUUCCACCAGAUGAAUACGAAGAGUGGCCUCUUCGCCGAGAUAAACCACGCCUGGACAUUCGUAGACAACCAGCUGUAUCUCUGGGAUUACACCAAUCCGAACCCUGAAAUCAUCGGCUAUGAAGAGCAGCCGCACUCCAUAGUGGCGGUGAAGCUGGUGAAGCCCCGCGCAAAGGUGUUUGUGGACACGAUAACACAUCUACUGGUGGUUGCGACAACGUCAGAUAUUCACUUGAUUGGCGUUUCCACCCAGCGGGGACAGGAAGGCGUGGAGAACGUUUCCCUGUAUCAAACAGGGAUGCACACGUCCGUCCGGAGUCUGAAAGUGGGCUGUAUCGAGGGCUCUCCGAAGACUGGAAGAAUCUUCUUCGCUGACGGACGGGAUUCCGAUGAUGUCUACGAACUGACUUACCAGCAAGAGGAGAAAUGGUUCGCAAAUCGAUGCGCCAAAGUCAACCACGUUCGCAAAUCCAUCGCCUUGCCAGGACUUCCAUUCGGGUCCAAAAAGACGGCAGAAUUUAUCGUCCAAAUGGUGAUCGACGAUACACGGGGUCUGCUAUACACGCUUUCCUCCGGUUCUACGAUCAAGGUAUACCACCUCAAAACAGACACCACGCUCGACCUCGCCAUCACUCGAUCUCUCGCCAGCAUCAUGCAGAAUUGUAGCCACAUGGUGAGAUCAGAGUUGCUCGGACCAAGCGCCACCAUUGUCUCCAUCGAUGCGAUCUCUUCCAUGGAGUCUGCGCGCCUUAGCCUGAUGGCUACAACAUCAACUGGCUGCAGAAUAUUUCUCAGUUCUACCUCUGGCACCUACUAUUUUGGCGAUUCCUCUAGUGCGCCUACCAGCAUGCAAGUCCAGCAUAUCAAAUUUCCUCCUCCUCAAGAUCCGCAGCCAAAUCAGACACCGCAGAGUCAGAUGACACCUUAUAAAGCUCAAGCCCAAGUUGCGAUAGGUUCGAGAGUGCUCGAAGGUACGAUCCAAUCGAAUAGAUACGCACCAGGGUACUUUCUAUGUUUCGCAUCGGAAGGGGACGUCAGCGACUACUUGUUCAUGUCCGGGCCUGAUUCGGGCAGGAUUGCACGACCGCAAGAUCUCUCCCAGGCACCCAAAUUCAUUGAGAUGGGGUAUUCGCUAUCCCUUGGAGCAAAAGUGCAGGAUGUGGGCCUAGCGACACCGCCUUUUGCAGCCGCGUCUGCGCCAAGGGGCUUUGGUAAUGAGUUGGCCACGCAAUUCGAUCAACCCGUUGCCGAGUUUGCUAUUCUCACAAACUAUGGAGUUCAAACUAUUCGCCGGCGCAGACUCGUUGAUAUCUUUGCUUCUGCCGUCAAGCAGAAAGGUGCAAAUGGCAGUGACGGCCUCGAGGCUGAGAUCAAAAAGUUUGUACGGCUCUAUGGAAGAGCAGAGACAAUUGCAACUGCUCUUGCCGUUGUGUGUGGGCAAGGUCAAGACAUUGCGUCGGACUCUCGGGUUGUGAAUGUCACUGAUCAGGAUGUUCUUGAAUAUGCCCGCACGGCGUUUGUGGACUAUGGUGGCAAGGCCCAAAUGGUGGACAGUACUUUCGAUGUCGGCUCUACUAAUGAUGACAACGUUCGCCCGUCACCAAGACACGACGGCAUUGCGCUUUAUAUUUCCCGUCUAGUACGCUCUAUCUGGGCUUCCCGAGUCCUGAAGGAAGGAAGCACACCCAUUGGAGGUCUCAAAAUCGAUCCUACCAUCAGCCUAGAGAAGCUUCGAACUGUCCAGCGACACCUUACGCAUUUGCAAGAGUUCUUGGACAAGAACAAAAGCUUCAUUGACGGGCUCAACGGACCGGACGCACUGAACCGAGCACCAACCCAACAGGCUGAAAAGGAAUUGCAGGGCGAGAAUGCCGCACUGACGAGUCUCGUGCAGCUGCUGAGGAGCGUCAUUGAAGGCAUUUCAUUUGUUCAGGUCCUGUUUGAUGAGCGAGUCGACGAGAUUAUACUCUCUCUCAACGAUACGUCCCGUCAACGCGCUCGAGAGCUGACGUUCGUGGGUCUCUUUACGGAUCCCGACGGUAAAGAACUUGCGAAGGAACUCGUCAAAGCCAUUGUCAACAGAAACAUCGCGAAAGGCUCGAACGUCGAAACUAUCUCAGAAGCGUUGCGUAGGCGCUGCGGUAGUUUCUGCAGUGCGGAAGACGUGGUCAUCUUCAAAGCGCAAGAACAAGUGACCAAGGCUUCAGAAGCCGGCGCAAAUUCUGAACUGGGUCGCACAUACCUGAAUGAUAGUUUGCGACUGUUUGAAAGCGUUGCAGGGAGCCUGUCGAGGGAAUAUCUGGAGGUCACCAUUGUCCAAUACACAAACAUGGCUUUCUAUGCCGGUGCAAUUCGUCUGGCUCUGAAAGUCGCCCAGGAGUCUGAUCGCGGUAAUAGGGCUUUGGCGUGGAUCAGAGAAGGCCGCCUUUCACCAGAUGCCCGGCAAGCCGUGUAUGAGAGCCGAACACGAUCCUACGACCUCAUUCACCAAGUCAUACAAGCAGUUGACCAAGCAUCAAACGACCAGCCUGCUGUCAUUGAUGGUGUGGUUUCCGCGGCUGCACGUCGACGAAAUGAAGCCUACGAUCAAAUCAACAGCUCCGAGGAUGAGGUCUUCCAAACAAACCUUUAUGACUGGUAUCUGCAACAGGGCUGGAGUGAUCGCCUUCUCGAAAUAAGUUCGCCCCAUGUUGUGACCUAUCUCAAGGAGAAAUCGAGAGAAGCUCCAGAGUAUGGCGAUCUCCUAUGGCGGUAUUACGCACACUACAACAACUAUUUCGACGCGGCGAUAGUUCAGCUCCAGCUUGCAAAGAGCUUCUUCACGAUAAAAUUGUCGCAACGAAUCGAGUAUCUUAGCCGGGCGCGCGCGAAUGCAUCAACACGAGUCGGCGGUAUCAGCGAAAUGCGAUCAACGAAGCAGCAAACGCGGCAGGAUCUCCUAAGAGAGGUCUCUGAUCUUCUCGAUAUUGCAACGAUCCAAGAGGAUAUCCUAGACAAGCUCAAGUCGGAUCCUCGAACGGCCGGGAGGCGGGAUGAAAUUCUGUCGCAGCUCGAUGGUAACAUUCUGCCGGUGACUGACCUCUACAACGGGUUCGCCGACCAAGCCGGGUACUACGACAUGUGCAUCCUGAUCUACCAGGCCGCAGACUACCGCAACGCUGCCGACAUUGAAUCCACCUGGCAGAAUCUCAUCGAGCAAACCGCAUCAACCGCCGAGACGGAGAGCCAGGGAAACCCGUGGCAACAGGUCGCAAACGUCAUCCGAACCAUAGGCCGCCGUGUCCGCAACUCCGAGACCAUCUUCAACGUCCCAAUGCUGCUACAGCUGCUCUUGAAGUGGGACGCCAAACAUGGCCAUGUCAUUCCCGAGGGAGCCAGACCAGACGAUGACCGGUAUUGGAGCAGCUGGGUCCUGGAUAUCUUCCUUGAGCUGCGCGUUCCCUGCGAGAGCCUUCUGGCGACGUUGGAGACGCUCUUCUACGAGAACAGAGCGCCCCUUGCUGGGCGAGACAGGAGACACGUCACCAAAUGGAUGAUCUAUACCAUGGAGAAGUGGUGGCAGGAGAGCCAGAGCCUCAGCGCCAUUCCGUUCGGAAGCGAGGACAACGCUAUUGGCGUCGAGGAGCUGCUGAAAGAGCUGAUCAGACAGUGGAACCUGGACGAUGGAGGAGUAUGGCAGGAGAGGGCGAGAGACUUGAGGGAUAGGGUGGCUGCUGCUUUGAGGUGAUUUCGAUAUCACACAGUGCAGUCAAAUCUCUCCUCGGGUUAAUGUUUGUGCGGAUUUGGGUCCUGGGGACGCGGAUCCCGAGAAGGUCGAGCGAUUUUGCUGAAGGUUUUCUUUUGCAUCAUCCUGUCAUGUCAGUCUUCAUGGUGUUGGAGGCGAAUAGCAUGAGUUGAAAAGCGAGGCGGAAUUUGGUUUAUUGGACUACUACUACCAAGGCUACUACACGGCAUAUUCUGUGUAGGUGGGAUUAGGCAUCCGAUAUGGCAACGAUGGAGUAUUUAUUCGAGUGAGAGGACUUCAGUUC